CCAGUAAAAUGUUAUGUUGUCUGGUAGGUCAUCAAGGUUUUUCCCAAUUUUUUUUUCUUUUGACUAGAGCCCUUAUUAGUAAGUAAUCUUCAGAGCGUGACUGAUGCAUAGACUACUCUUCACGUUUAUCAAGAUUGAGCAACUCUAAUAGAUGGAAAUGUGAGUAAAUUACUGUUUUUUGCAGUUUUUCUCUGAAACUUGGGUUAAAGUUUGGCUAAACUUUGGGUUGAAACCAUGUUACUAUUACUCCAGAUUUAACACCAGUCCUCAGGUGAUCUUAAUUUUGCUCAGGUGUCUUUUGGAGCUUCUACUAUCAGGGUAACUGUACAGGAAAUAGUGCCAGCUCUGGCAGAGUCAAAACGUCAGACAGGCAGCUUCUGGCUGCGACUCAGUCCUCUCCUAUGAAGGAGUGUUUGACCCGCUGUUCACAACCCCAAAAACCACGACCCUCUGCUAAACAUAGAGAACCUCAGACCACAUGGCACGGCUGGAAACUGGAGCGCUUUGCUUUCGUGUUGGGAGAUUAGCGGGGAUGCUACGCAAGCAAGGAGGAGGCGUGACGAACAAAACCACUACUACCAUGUUUUGGAGAGGUUUUUCUUUUUUUCUCCUUACCCCUGCCUCUGGUCAGUGAAACACCAGUCUGUCAGCAGGGGGUCAUUAUCUAAUGGAGUAGAGUUAAACUGAGACAAAAACAGAGCCGACAGACAAAAACAGAGACAACACCGCCCCGAGACUGUUUUCAUAAUUGGCUUUUAAAUGAUCACAUUAAUCUGCCCAAGAAAAGUUUAGGUAGGUGCAGAAACAACAGUGUUACGGUUGAAUUUAACAUUUAGGUUUUUCUGCCAUGCCUCAGUGACGUGAAGAAAAGUUAAAAACACUAUGAAGAAGACCGAUCUGUCACUACCUAAGAGAACAGAAACCAUGAAAACCACGACACGAAAUUCUGCCAUCCAGACACAUAGCACAACAAGGGGCUCGCACACGUGUCAUUAGUUUAGACUCAGGAUUAUAAACUCAAAGUUGUGGUGCGUUUGAGUGUUUUUGUGAGGGUAGGAAAGGGCGAAAGGAAAGGGGAUGUGGGAGUGAGGGAGGAACAGAUAGAGUGAGUAAGUUCAUCCACCUAAUUACCGUGCAGCUCCAUGGACUCUUCUUCUACCAUGAUGAUGCUGAUGACCACGGUGUGAUGUCAGCAGGAGGGCUUUGCUUCUUUUAAAAAGGUUUUCGAACCUUCACAGCAGAAGCAGAGUUCAGAGACUCUCAGACAAACCAGAGGAGCUGUUCUCUUUAGAGGAACAACACUUCAGACAAGAAGAGAGAGGAUUUUGAUUUUUGACUCGACUCUUCAGUGGAUUCUUAACACACGAGAGAAGCACAGGCUCAGAUUCAGGACCAUGUUCUGCUCCAGGAGAGUCCUGCAGCAGUGGUGCUUUUCCCUGUUCCUGCUCUGCUCUCCUGUUCCGCACUUUGGACGCCCAAUUGAUGCCCUCAGCCACAGAAUAAAGCGGACGGUGACUCAUGCUCAGCUGAUGCACGACAAAGGCCAGGCACUGCAGGACUUUAAGCGGCGCUUGUGGCUGCAGGCUCUUUUGAAUAAUGUCCACACAGCAGAGAUCAGAGACAUCCCGGUGCAGACCACAGCAGGAGGCGGAAGCAGCAGCGGCGCUGGCGUCGCGCUGCCAGGUGUCGGCCUAGGAAUCCACCUGAGCACCACCGGCAGCACCCUGCACUCCAAACCUCCCGGAGGAACCAAAAACCUCCCAAUCAGCUUCAAGAUGGAGGAGGAGGAAGGAACCAACCUCCCGCAGGAGACCAACAAGUCUCAGACGUACAAAGACGGCGUGAUGAAAGCGCCCGGCAAGAAGAAGAAGAAAGGGAGGUCCGGGAAGAGGAGGGAGGGAGAGAAGAGGAAGAGGAGGGCGCGCUCGCUUGGGUGGAGACCAGAGGACGAACCAGGAAGUGGACUCCACCUGGAGUGGAGGUCUCUGCUGGGCCUUCAGAGGGCGCUGCUUUAAAACGCUGUCAGUCUCUGACACAGAAACCUUCGGACAGUCGGAGUGGACUCCUAAAUGCUCACGUUACAGUUUCUGUAAAAGUGAUUGUUUGGAAAGAAAUUGGAAAAUAUUUAUUGUCUGUAAAUAAUCUAAAUAUAGCAGAAAUAGCAGAAUAUGACUAAAAAACUUAUUUGAUGCUCUGUGAGGCGACAGAUUUUCAUCUUUGUGAAUCCUUGCUUUUUUUUCUUUUUUGAUUCUGAUUAUGUCCGAUUUUUUUGCGGUAAUUUAUUUCGUCUGAAUGGUGUAUUUAUUUUGUAAAUGUAUCGAGGUGCUGCUGACCUUCUAUAUUUUUGUACCAUAUUGCACUUUAGAUAUAUAAAUAUAAAUAUCUAUACCAUUAAUUUUGUUCAUUGAUUUGUUUGUGGUUUAUUGAAAUGAAGAAAAAAAUGACGGUCGUCAUUCUGUGUUGUUUUUUCCGUUUGUUUUUUGGACCUUUGGCUGUUCACACGUCCAGUUUUUGUUUCUUUGCUGCUGUUUUUUCAGAUGUUUGGUUUCUGAUUGAAGCUGUUUGUUGUCUCACUUUGUGUUGGACUCUCCUGCUGCCUUCAGUGUCUCUGUUUCCUUCACGUCCUGCUCUGCUUCUCAAUGCCAAAGUUCAUCUGUGUACAUACACGUCACGGCUCGAUAGUGUUGUUUUUGGCACUUGCACUGAGAUAAACACCUGUACUGAACAGAUUAAACAUUUGACAGAAU